UGACAUCAUGAAAACCUGCGAUCCCAAAUGUUGACAUGAUCCAGUAUAAAACUACCACACUGCUGACACGGUGCACAUAAUUCACCGCGUUGAACAUGAAUCCUCAUGCUGUUUCUCAUUGUGGGCCUAUCGGUCAAACAAGCACGCUACUCGGUAUAAAGUUAGCAAUUCAGAACGAUGGCAAGAGAUGACAAAGGACGAAGGACCAGCAUCGAUCUCCUACUAGCAGGGAUUUAGUUCUUCUACUUCAUCUUGCAAGUUACAGAAGAAACUUGUAGCAGUUUUUGUUGACAUCAUCUUCAAAUCAGAAGUCUCUUUAUUUACUCCGAACAAAGCCUAAGCAAAAGCACCAUCAUGUUACGUUUUUCUUCCUCCUCGAGAGGUUUGAUUAUUGCCGCCUCCGCGGUACUAGCCCGCGUCUACAGGCCCUUGCUACCCCGGUCCUCUCUAGGCCCCGUCGACGAGCUGCAGGCCCGGGCUUUCCCGGGGAGCACGGAAAGGGUAAAGGCCCUGCCAGACGAUGUACAGGAGCGUGUGUGGCAGUAUGUUCCCCGUGGCGCAGAAAUGCACCUGCGCACCCUGAAUCGGCCGACAAAGGCGUUCGCCGACCGCGUGAAGAAACUACCCUGGAAGGUGUUUGAGAGCCGCGACGAAUUAGAAGCGGCCCUUGCGCCCUGGCAGUCGUACAAAGUGCCGGGAACAUAUCGUAUUCAAAAACGCCUCCACCCCAUAGCUGUAAAUGCAACUCUGCAUGCUGAAAAUGUUUCUCAUCCGGAGCCCCAUGUUGAGAGGCUUUUCUAGUUGUGUUUUGGAAUUUGUCAUGCUCCUCUGAUCAGCAUGAUAUACUAGAUCUGUUACGCUGCUGAACUAGCUCAAACAGCACUACACUAUGGGUCGUCCAAAAUUGUCAUGCAGAACAGCCAAAGCGUGUGGGUUUGUCUAGCCGAUUCCCCAUAUUGACUAUGGUCGUGUGGGGACGUUUUUACUCAGCAUAGGACACACUACGUCAUCACUGUCGGUAACGAGGAUUCGUACCUACGGUUACGCAGUAUCCUGUGCAAAAGUAUCGUGCUCGUAGUAAUCGCAAUCAUGCAUUACAAAUCUCCAUACCAAGGCAAAACAGCAUGACAAAUUCCAUUUGUCAUGCUGAAUUGCAAUUACCACUGGUACGACACUUUUGCACUGCAUACGCAGAACGGACAUAACAUAUCCGCAUGUUUUUCCGCACUUGGAGUGGAUCCGGACUGAAAAAAAUCGGCGUCAGAAACUGCGCGAGGAAGUCGAGAGCACAUACGGCCCGUCGCGCUUCUGGGAUGUGUCAAACAUUCUCUGCCUGAAAUUCCUGUUCGGCAGCAGGGGCGAAAAUAAAUGUGACGAGCGCUGGGACUCUGGGCGUACUAUUCCGCCUAUCAACUGCAAACAGGUCUGGGAGGUUGUCUGGAAGAUGAUAUUAAUUGCAGGACAACUUGAACUUGUAAUGCUAAUGCUGAGCAACGAACUCUGAGGAGCAUCGUCCCUCACCCUGAAGAUGAGUCUACUGUCAUGCAUGUUGCGGAUUUUUAGCGUUGCAUUGCUCCUUUGAUGUCAUGCGCGAACACAUUUUAAUUAUUCUCAGGGGCAUCUUGUUCACACAAAAAUGCUGUACUCUUAAAUAAAGACCGCUUAAAGAUCUUCAUGUGAUCUUUUGCUUGUCGUCGCAAUACAAAAAUGAUGUCCUCACUAUAGACUACAUCUACAACAACUAUGACGUAGCAUUAAAUCAACUUUGCACGACCCCACCCAGAUCGCUAUUUGCAAUGUGCAUACCGGCGAUAACCGAUUGGAAACUUUCCAACAAAGACCUUCGAGGGCGUCACACCAUGCCGAUCCGCGUGAAGUACAUGCAUGGCAUGUUUCAAGGCUGUCACGCGUUCGACCAGCGUCUCUCUUGGGACCUCUCCACGGUUGCCGGCCUGUGGAACAUGUUCGGUAGAGGAGAUAUUGAGGAUGCCGCAGACGUCUUUGGCAGCAAGUACGAUAAAAAAUCCCGUUGGGCACUCGCACCAUGGACGAUGAGUGCAGAGGAGAAGUGGUCGUUGCGAAAAAAUUAUGGAUUGCAAAAAUGUCUGGGUCUGGAAGAGCGCCAGACUUGGCAUGCAGAUUUUACAUGACAUAUGACGUCGGUAAUGCAUAACCUGGCAUCACAGAUUUUUCGCGGGCUUUCUGAUGCCUAUCCGUGGUCCCGCAUGAGAAAUACCCUCUCCAUGUAACACAAGCUGGACCCCUCUUGCACUUGCUGGUUAUGCAAUACAGAUUUAUAUUAGAAUGCAGUGGGCGUAGCUACACCAAUCAAUCAAUGCAGAGACAGCAUCACAAGUUUGGAUUCUUCCCGACCCAGACAUUUUUGCAAUGCAUAAGGAUGCGGAAUUCUUGGAAAGAGUGCAGAUUGAGCUCUUCCGGAGAUCCAAGUUUUGCACCUACGGCACCGCAGUAGAUGGGCGCCACCAGAUGAUCUCUGUCGACCGUCUUCUGGAGUUUCAUUCUCGAGGCGCAUUUUCGGACACCUGGAUCGGUCAGAUGUUAGAUGAAGGCUUCUUGCAGCUACCUAGCACGGAUCCGCGUGUGAAUGCGACGCGGCUCUUGACGCACGAUUUUCACAAGGGCGGCGCACUCACAAUGGCGGCUCUUGACGCACUCACAAUGGCGCCGGGACGCAUGAAUAGAUGAAGAAUAAGUACUUAACUCGUGCAACAAGAACUCGGGUGGCUAACUUCUUAAAUUUUGUGCAGCUGUAGCUGUUGUACAAAUGAAAUCAUUAUUCUGCUCAUCCCGUGGGCAGGGCCAAUGAGAGCAGUGUCCCCCACCAGCGGGCGGAAUUUUGCGGGGAGAGAUCAGGUCGGAUGGCCUCGACGGGGUCAGGGGUAGGCGGUUCUUGCGGAGCAGAUAUUUCCGACCGUUCGUGUAUGAGUUCAUAUCUAUUUUGCCGUUCGCUAUCACUUUGUUACAGUGCAAAAAUUGAAACGUCAUCCCUUUGGGAUUUUACUUUUCAAUGUAUGAAAAUUUUGAUAUCUAACACACGACUGCUACUCAAAAGUAUUCGUCCACCUGCUGGGCAUGCUUGUAGUUUUUAAGGACCUACUAUACUUCAACUUCACCUAGACCACGCGGAUUUUUGUGCAACAACCUCUUUUGAGUUGUGUGAAAACAAGGAGACAAAAAUCACGAAAAGAACCGUCGUCCGGAUAAGUACAAUUUUUGAACCGAAGCGGCCAACUAGUACACAGAGAAUGUUGUCACACCUUCACGAUCACGAGUGUUGCUGUUGGUGAGUGUAAGAUGUACUCGGUAGUUGAACGACUACCUGUGCUUGCCGACGUUGACGUCCGGAAGAUGUCCUCUCGUAAGUACAGGGGCGGGCGAUGAAAUGCUUAGAAAGUAGAACUUCGGGAUUGGUGGAAAAGGGAAAACCGUGAAAGUAGAGGACUUUCCUGGUUAACCUUGUGAUGAACUCCUUCGAAGUAGAAGCAGUUCUCGUCAACAACAU